AUGGUGAGCAACGCCGUGCUCAUCGGAGACAAGCGCAAGUUCCUCUCGUGCCUGCUCACGCUGCGAGUCGUGAUGGACCCGGACACGCUGCGGCCGACCGACAAGCUCGACGCAAACUUCUUGCUCGCGAUGCAGGCGAUCGGCUCUUCCGCCACCACGGUAGCCGAGGCCAAGGCAGACCCCAAGCUGGCCAAGGCCGUCCAGGAAGGCAUCGACCGCGCCAACGCGGCCGCGGCGUCGCGCGCGCAGAAGGUGCAGAAGUUCGUCGUGCUGGACACCGAGCUCUCCGUGCCCGGAGGGGAGCUCACCGCCACGCAGAAGCUCAAGCGCGACGUCGUCGAAAAAAAGCGCUCAAGGCGCGCGGCCGGCAGAGGCGGAGUCCGGGUCAUGAAGUGGUGGAAGGCGGCCCCCUACCCAUUACAGUGUACAGAGUAG